AUGAGUGAAAAGAGUUUCGGAGAUAAAAAAGAUUAUGUGUCUAGUGAUUCGUCAGAGGAAAAUAGAAUUAGGCCAAGAAUUUUGAACAAGGGAAAUAAGGACAAUAUUGUUUUGAAUGACGAAAGUUUGGAGGUUAAUUUAUCGCAACCAUCACCCUCAUUGAUGUCACGAAUUGAGAAGAGACCUAGAAAUACGAGUGAUGACACGGAUGAAAACAAUACCGAAGGUUUUACUUUAGUAGAAAGAAAGAGAAGAUCUAAGCGUCUAAAUAGAAGUUUAUCGCAAAAUAACUUAUCGGAUUUGACUCGAAUGAAUAAUUUGUCGGAUUUCCCGCGAAAAAAUCGUGUCGAGCCACUCCAGUCUAUUGUUCAGACAUGUGAGGAUGGUGAGGUGUGUGUCACAUCGAAGGAAGAUUUGCCUAAACAAGUUGGCUUGGCCAAGUUAUUAAGAUCAGAUGGCAUACAAAACAUACAAAAAAUAACUUAUAAAAACUCGUGCAAGGUGUUAGUAAGGUUCAAUAGCAAGCAAGACGCAGAAAAAUUAUUGCAGUCCAAAAAAAUUAGUGACUUAGGAUACAGAUGUCAGUUAACAACUGAACUAAACUUGACAUAUGGAAUAUUGAGGCGAAUAGAAUUGGAUGUCACUGAAGAAGAAAUAAAGAAUGAUUUUGAUUGUAUGUACAAGAUCGUGUCUGCUAAGAGGCUAAAAAGGCUCGAUGAACGCGGAGCGUGGGUUGAUAGCGAGACCGUUAGAGUAUGUUUUCAGUCGUCCACUUUGCCCCCAUAUGUGUCUGCAUAUGGCUAUGGAAUCAAGGUGGAGCUAAAUUAUUUCCCUGUCACUCAGUGCUCAGGAUGCUGGAAGUUCGGGCAUUUACUGAGAGUAUGUCCGAGCAAGAAGAAAAUGUGUCCGAAAUGUGGAGGUGCUCACGAUAACUGCGAAGCGACAACUUUUGUAUGUAUUAAUUGUAAAGGGAAACACAUGGCUCUUGACAAAAGUUGUCCAUCAUACCAAAAAGAACGAUGGAUUCGGGCGAUUAUGGCUGAAGAAAAUUGUACGUACCGGAUAGCAUUACAGAAAGUGUUAAGUCAUAAAAAAGACCAGGAGACUGUACACGCAGUGCUAAAAGAAACGGAUGCAGUAGAUGAACACAUCGCACUACCAGGCACAUCCAGCACUUUGCCUACAAACUAUCGAGACAGUGUUCUUAAAAAAGCGACGAAACAAAGCCCUAACACGGAAAUAGAAAUGGAACAGGAUGGAAGCGAGUCAAGCGAGGAAGAAAGUAACUUAGAAAGAAAUCAAAAGCAUGUUGGCACUACAAAACCCAAAAAAGUGAAAGGUAAGAAGAAGAAUAACACACAAAAAAAGGCUAGGAGGGAUCAGGACACAGACGCCGAAAGUAAAGAUGAUUGUGCAAGAUUGCAAACCACUCCUGAUCAAGAAAACAUCCACCGAAAGAAGAAUCUAUUCUCAUGGGCGUUAUUUUUAAAGAAGGCCAAAAAUAUAAUAGUAUCGGACGUAUCUCUGGAAGAGAAAAUCAAACUAGGAUUUAAAUUAAUUAUGGAAGCAAUAACUAAAUUUGUAUUUCAGAUCGUGAGUAGCGAAAAUUUGUUGAGUAACUUGAGUAGUGUAUUUUCUAGUUUUUGUAAUGGAUAAAGAGCUCACUUUAAAUAUUAUACAAUGGAACGCACAAAGUAUACGACCUAAACAUGUACAGUUUGAAGCAAUUC